CUUUCUGAACCUCAUCCAGAACAACCAAAAAUCUCACAAUUACGGACUACAGGCCGCCAUCUCGAUAAACUGCAGGCUGCACCGGAUUCGAGUGUGCUUCGACCUGCAAAAUUGCCUCUCCGCAGCAGAACUGGGGGAGCAUUGACGUGAAAUUUGGCGGGGAUCUUUCAACAGCAGCAUCAACAGACACACACAGUAGGGAUGGAUUCUCUCGUGGCCAAGUACAGCCGGCCGGCAUAUGCGCAGAACGAGCCUCUUGAGGAUGACGAGUAUGGCCAGGAGCUGAUGAACCCGGCGGCUCACCUAUCGCUCAACUUCGCCAUGCCACCCGUUGCGCAGCCCUCUGCUUGGCUCCGCGCUGCGACAGACGACCGCUCCAACCCCGACUGCCCCAUCAAGAUUGCCCACGGAACGACAACACUUGCCUUCCGCUUCCAGGGCGGUAUCAUUGUGGCCACCGAUUCUCGAGCUACGGCCGGCAACUGGAUUGCCUCACAGACGGUCAAGAAGGUCAUUGAGAUCAACAGCGUGCUGCUGGGAACCAUGGCCGGUGGUGCCGCAGACUGCCAGUACUGGCUCGCCUGGCUGGGCAUGCAGUGCCGCCUGCACGAGCUCCGCCACAAGCGCCGCAUCAGCGUUGCGGCCGCCAGCAAGAUCCUGGCCAACCUCAUCUACAGCUACAAGGGCAUGGGCCUCAGCAUGGGCACCAUGUGCGCCGGCGUGACCAAGGAGGAGGGCCCCGCGCUGUACUACGUCGACAGCGACGGCACACGACUGGCGGGCAACCUGUUCUGUGUGGGCAGUGGACAGACUUUCGCCUACGGUGUGCUGGAUUCCGAGUACAAGUACGAUCUGACGGACGAGGAGGCGCUGGAGUUGGGCAAGAGAAGUAUCCUGGCGGCGACGCACCGUGAUGCGUACUCUGGUGGAUACAUCAACUUGUACCAUGUUAAGGAAGCGGGCUGGGUCAAGCAUGGCUUCAUGGACACGAAUCCGAUCUUCUGGCAAACGAAGCUGGAGAAGGGCGAGUUUUCAAACGUUACGAGCGAGUUGGAGUAGAUGACUCGCAUUGGGCAUGGUUUUAUUUAGUUUUAAAGCAAUAAAGAAGAAAUAAGAAAUCACAUGAGAGCAACGCUUUGCAAUGAAUGUGGAGAGACAGAGAGACAGAGAGGGUAGAGGACGUAGAUGAAUACGAAGGCAUGACUGCCUUUCUCUAGGGUUCAGCUUUAAGGAAUCAAUCAUCGUUGUGACGAGUCUUUUUUUGUU